AUGCCCGCCCCGCAGUGUGCCUCCUGCCACGUGGUGCGCGCGGCCCUCCGCCGCUCGCGCUCUGGCCAAGCGCUGUGGGGCUCCUGCUUCUGCACUGCCUUCGAGGCCGAGGUGCUGCACACGGUGCUGGCGGGCCGCCUGCUGCCGCCCGGCGCCGUGGUGGCCGUGGGCGCCUCCGGCUGCAAGGCCUCCACGGUGCUGGCGCACCUGCGACGCGAACUGGCGCCGCGCCUGGGCGUCUCGCUGCGCCUGGUGGCGGUGGACAAGGGCAUCUGCGGCUACCAGGACGCGGCGCAGGCGGCCGUGCGGCGCCAGGCGGCGCACUGGGACCUCCUGCUCACCUUGGUGGCCAACGCCGUCCUCUUCGGGGGCUGGACGAUGGACGCGGUGGGCUUCGGGGUGCUUCGGCGCCGCGCGCUGGAGGAGGGGGCGCGCCUCGCGGGAGCCACGCAUAUCGUGACGGGCCACAACGCCGACGACAUGGCGGAGACCGUGCUCAUGAACUUCCUGCGGGGCGAUGCGGGGCGGCUGGCCCGCGGCGGCGUGCCAGUCCAGUCCCCGCCUUCUUUACCUCUGCAUCUGAGGAAGGUCAGGGAACUGCCUCCAGGGGGCGCUCCACCCGCCAUGCUGGACCUGGGGAUGUCCCAGCACAAGGGUUGGUGCUGUCCGUGGUUCUGGAGCAACGCUGGGUGA